CAUCAAGCAGCUAAUUCUGAAAUACAUAGCCAAUAUAUCGAAUUAUCAAAGCUCAAGCGAGUUGGAUGAUAUUGAAGUAACCGGUAGUGUUCAUUUUUCACUGCCGUGGACUCGUUUUCUUUUUGACCCCCUUUAUAUUAGAUAGUAAAGUAUAUUAUAAAGAAUGAUGCAAGCUACUUUUUGGAGUUUGGUGACUACUUCUGGAAAACCAUCAUGUGUCAAACGUAUUGUACCUGGGUUGAUAGCUGCACAACAACGUAGGUAUUCUAGUACUUUAGAAGCUGAUCUUGUAGUAAUAGGUGGUGGACCUGGUGGAUAUGUUGCAUCAAUUAAAGCAGCACAAUUGGGAAUGAAAACAAUUUGCGUAGAAAAAGAUGAAACUUUAGGUGGAACUUGUCUUAAUGUUGGAUGCAUUCCAUCAAAAUCUUUGUUAAACAAUUCACAUUAUUAUCAUAUGACACAUGGAGAUUUACAAAAUCGUGGCAUUAUGAUUGAAAAUGUUAAACUUAAUCUUGAUAAAGUGAUGGAACAAAAACGAAAUGUAAUAAAAGCAUUAACAAGUGGUAUUGCUGGCUUAUUUAAAAAGAAUAAAGUAGAGUGGGUAAAGGGCCAUGGUAAAAUUACUGGUCCAAAUCAAGUGGUUGCACUUAGUCCAGAUGGUUCAGUAGUAAGCACAAUUAAUACUAAAAAUAUUAUAAUUGCUACUGGCAGUGAAGUUACACCAUUUCCGGGUAUAGAAUUUGAUGAAAAACAAAUUCUUUCAUCUACCGGAGCUUUAUCAUUAGAUACAAUACCUAAAAAAUUUAUAGUAAUUGGUGCUGGUGUCAUUGGAUUGGAAUUAGGCUCAGUUUGGCAGAGGUUGGGUUCACAAGUAACAGCAAUUGAAUAUUCACCAUUUAUUGGUGGAGUAGCUAUCGAUAAUGAAGUUAGUCAAACAUUACAAAAAAUUUUAAGUAAACAAGGCUUAAACUUUAAAUUGGGAACAAAAGUCACUGGUGCAAAAAAAUCAGGCAAUGAAAUUAUUGUUUCUGUUGAAGAUGCAAAAGAUCCUAGCAAGAAAGAGGAUAUUUCUUGCAAUGUGCUUUUAAGUAUUGGCAGAAGGGCAUAUACUUGGAAUUUAGGAUUAGAAGAUAUAGGAAUUGAAAGAGACAAAUUAGGUCGAGUUCCUGUAAAUAACAGAUUCCAAACAGUAAUACCUUCGAUUUAUGCUAUUGGAGAUUGUAUCCAUGGACCGAUGUUGGCUCAUAAAGCCGAAGAAGAGGGUAUUAUUACAGUUGAAGGCAUUGCCGGAGGUGCCGUUCAUAUCGAUUACAAUUGUGUACCUAAUGUAAUAUAUACACAUCCAGAAGUUGGUUGGGUUGGCAAAUCAGAGGAAGAUUUAAAAAAAGAAGGUGUCGACUACAAAAUUGGGAAAUUUCCACAUUUAGCAAAUUCCAGAGCAAAAACGAAUCUCGAAACAGAUGGUUUUGUUAAAGUAUUAGCAGAUAAAAAUACAGAUAGAUUAUUGGGGGUACAUAUGAUUGGUUCAGUCGCUGGUGAAUUGAUUAACGAAGCAGUUCUUGCAAUAGAAUAUGGAGCAAGUGCAGAAGAUGUUGCAAGGACAUGUCAUGCACAUCCAACAUGUUCGGAAGCCUUUAAAGAAGCCUGUUUAGCUGCAUAUUUUGGAAAAGCUAUCAAUUUUUAAAUCAAUAAAUCAAUAAACUGUAAAGCAUUAAUAAUAUAAUUCACCGUAGCUUCGAUCUAGUCUACACUGAAUUUGAAACGCGCCGUAUAUUACAUAUUUGGUCUAGAUCUUUGUCAUCAUUUAUUUUACUUUAUAUAAGAACAAAAACUGUACAUAAAACUUUAAGAGAAUUUAUGAAAUUUAUAUUUUAUAGUAGAUUUACUUUUGUUUCUUGAUAAUUGUAUUUAUUUUAAAUAAAUGGAUAAUAUACUACAAAAAGUAGGAAUAUAA